UAGAUUAAUGUCACAUGAUCACAAAAUGUCUGCGCCCUCUGCUACCAUUUUUGUUUACUUAUGUGGUCCAACAAAUCUCAAUUGAACAUGAUGUGUUUCAUCAAGCCAUUAUGUAUUUGCAUGUGAAUAAGUAAAGCCAUGUCUUUCAAUAAUAAAGAGAUCGAUGCUUCCAGGGAUGAACGGAGAGCGUUGUUAUCUGUGCAGGCACCUGAGGAUUCGGAGGCGGAAGUUGAGAUUAUUGUCGGAGAGAAGAAAAGGGGAUCAUCAUGGUAUGCAUCUGCGUUAAUGGUGGUGAACGCUGCUCUCGGGGCCGGCCUCCUCAACUUUCCAGAAGCCUACCAUCAAGCCGGGGGUGUCUUGGUAGCUAUACUCAUUCAGGCACUGUUCCUAGUGUUUGUGGUAGCAGCCCAUAUGAUUCUGGCCUACUGCUCAGACCUCAAGGGAGCCGUCACGUACCAGGAUGUAGUUUACUCUGUGUGUGGACGCAACGCCCAGCGCGCUAGUGCUGUGUUCCUGGCCUUGUAUUGCUUUGGCACCUGUAUCACAUUCCUCAUCAUCAUUGGUGACCAGUGGGAGUUGUUUUUCAUCUUUGUGGCAAAGUCAUUUUACUGCAAUCACGAGCACAUAUAUCGUCCAGUUACAAUCUUGGUUACGUCUAUAAUAAUCAUUCUGCCGAUGAGCUUUCCAAAACGCAUAGACUUUCUGAAGUAUGCCAGUGUUGUUGGUGUUAUUGGAAUCCUGUAUGUUGUCCUGCUGGUAACCAUAAAAUAUUUCACUCCCCACGACCCUCCAGGAUCCAUAAAAACCAGCCCUGACCAUUGGAUGGAUGUUUUCAAAGUUGUACCAACUAUUUGUUUCGCUUAUCAGUGCCAUGUAAGUGUAAUCCCCAUCUAUUCCUGCAUGGAGCCCAGAAAUCUAAAGCAGUUCUCCAAGACCAUCAGUGUGGCCAUGUUGAUUUGUGUGAUCACAUACACUGGGACCGCCGCCUUUGGUUACUUCACGUUUGGAGAUCAGAUCACCAGUGAUAUCCUGCUCUCUUACGACCCUGAUGCCAGUGUUGUGAUAGCUGUGGUGUUGAUUACUAUUAAAACGUACACAACCUACCCGAUUCUGCUCUUUUGUGGAAGGGCAGCGUUUGACUGUCUGUGGACAGAUCUGCGACGUCUAUCACCCGAGACCAUCAUCUCCACGGAGAAGAGUCGGAGGAUAACAGUCACCCUAGUUUGGUUUACUGCCACCCUCGCCCUUGCUGUCUUCAUACCAAACAUCGGCGUUGUCAUACGAAUUCUGGGAGCCUUUGCUGCUAUAUUUAUAUUUUUUUUCCCAGGCCUCUGUCUCCUAGUAACUGUUCUCUUGGUUGUUGACCAGGAAUCCUGGAACCGCAGGCGGAAGUUCCUCGUUGGUUUCUCCUUUGCUUUCAUAACUCUAGGAAUGUUCAUCUUUGGUCUAACCUUGGCACAGACGAUACAAAAUUUGACAUCCAGUAAUGUGACCGCUGACAAGUCAAGAUACACUUGCCAGGGAGACUAACCCACAUCUUGUUCAGUGUAACCCACAUCUUGUUCAGUGUUACCCACAUCUUGUUCAGUGUAACCCACAUCUUGUUCAGUGUAACCUACAUCUGACUGAGUGACAGGCAGAGACGCUAAUUAGCAAUGCUUGUGUGCAUGGCUGAAUGAAUUUGAUCUUUGCUCUGGGAAUACAUGUGGGUAACAUGUUGUCCCAGAUCUGUGCAGUCUGCGUAGGCAAAUCAAACGCAACUUUCAGAUUUUAUGUUGUUGUUUUUUUAAGGAAGUCUCUUUUUAUUAAGAAUCAAGUGUAGGCGGAAAGUGUUUUAUGUAAAGAAUGUUAAAAUAAUUUGAUUUUAAUGUUGUUUACUUUUUAUUCAUUGUGAAAAUUAAAAGAUAUGCAUGAACAUGAUUAUUUAAAAUAGUCUAACUUAGUUGUAAUCCACAGUUUGAAAGCUUUCUUUUUACAUGUAAAUGUGUAUGAAGUAUGUUGUGAAAGUUAUGCUAUGAAUGAUUUGUAUUGUGCAUUGGAAACAACCAGGUAUUAAUUUUCCAACUGUCACCUUUAUUGUGAAUACUUUAAUCCAUGAAGAUUAUCAGUAUCACAAGUGGUUUGCAUGUGGCAUGUGGAAACAUUAAUUAAAAAGUGAAUACAUAUUUUUAAAAGAAAAAUCAUAGUGCCGUGACGAAAAACAACUUAUAUGCUUGAAUGGUGUGAAUAUUGACAGACAUAUUUGUUGGUUUUGAUUCAAAUGCAUUUUUGAUUUUUUUUAAUCACAAUGUUUUCUAAUUGGUUCCAUUUUCCGGACCAUC